AUGACGGAAGGGAUGGAGACGAUUGAAACACGCAACGCCGACGGUGCCAGGAAGGAUGCCACGGAAUCGACUCAGCUGCUGAAGCAACGCAACAAUGGGACGGCCACAGGCGCUCAACUGAUGCUGAACAUCGUGGUUUGUGGCUUGGGCACCGGACUCUUCACCCUGCCCUGGAGCGUGGCAGGUGCAUCCUGUUUCCUGGGCGUGGCCAUCGUUGCUUUCGUCCUGGCGCUGAAUGCAUGGACCAUUUUCCUGCUGGUGGAGGCAGCUGAGGCCUAUCAGGCCUUUGACAUUGGCAGUUUGCUGUCUCACUUGCCUGGUCAGCUGGGGCAUACUCUUCUUCGUGUGGUGAAUUUCACCAUUUGGGUGGGCGGCUUCUUCUGCCUCGUCUCCUAUGUCAUUGUCAUUGCAGAUUGCGCUGCACCUUUUGCGCAACUGGGUCCAUGGAUCGUUCCUGCUGCGUUCGACAUUUACCUAGGCGUGCGUUCCCGCUUGCUGUUGGUUCAAACGCAGGGAAAAUACGAUGCGACGAAUCUCGCGGCCCAGCUUGAUUUACUGCCUGCGGGCACAGAACUCCUUGAGAAACUAGGCAAAGGCAGCUGUGGUACGGUGCGCCGCAUUCGCCUUCAAGGCGUGCUUCGCGCGGCCAAGUUCAUUCCCGCCACGGAAGGAGAUACCAAAGCAGCUGCAGCGCAGGAGCAUCAGUUGCUUUCAUCCUUUCAACAUCCGGGGAUUGUCCAGACCUUUGGCCUCUUUGCCUCUGAUCAGGCCGUGUGUAUCGUCCUAGAGUUGUGCAGCCAGGGAAACGUCUCGGAAUGGGUGAGUAACAAUGGCGUUUUUGAUUUUGAUCGCUCUCUGUGCUUUUUCCAGCAACUACUAGGUGCGGUGGACUAG